AUGUUUUCGACGAAAUCAAAGUCAGUGCCAUCACCAAAUAAAACAGAUCCGCUUUGUUAUAUAAUAUUCGAUGAAUAUUUGAAACCGAAGAAGUCAAAGUUUGGCGAAAAAUCAAAUGGACUUUUACCACUCAAAAGUUUAUGUGCAAAAGAAAUUAGUUUUAAGCAGCGAAUAAGUGAACGGUGGCGUCUACUUGCCAAGAAAACAACAACGAAACGAAUAGUGAAAGUAAAGCCAGUGAAUGGUGUUGAUGCCAGCGCACGGGAUACGCAUCGAAAUGCAGUAGUUUUGAAAACAAAUUUCGAUAUGUAUUGUGAAAUUGCAAGUUUGCACGGCUUUCGGAAUUUAUUGGGCGCCACAAAAUGGCAUCGAAUUUUUUGGUACUCUAUUUUGUGCAUUUUGUUCGCGCAUUCCAAUAUUUUGUUGUAUAGUUUGUGCAAUUUGUAUGCCGACAAUCCAACCGUCCUAUAUUUGGAGACCACAACAGGCACAAUAUUUAGUUCAUCCUUUCCAUCUGUUACCCUAUGCAAUUUGAAUCGCAUUUCGAAGAAGAAAGUCAAUGAGCUACUAAAGCGGGAUUUCAGUCCCCAAGCAGCCGAACAAAUUCGUUCGCAUUUAGACGCCACGCUCUACAGCAUACUGCCAGUAAAUACCACCUCGGUCGACUUUAGUUUGCUGAAAAUCAUUUUAGACAGCAAAAAUUACACGCAUACAGAUUUUUUAGAAAAAAUCACUCCCGAUUGCCGCAGUCAAUUAUUGCGUUGCAAAUUGCAUGGCCAGGUGCGCUUGUGCAGUGAUCUUUUUCAACGCGUCGAAACUCAACACGGCUUCUGUUGUCUAUUUGAUUAUCGCGCGAAUGUUGACACGAAUCAGCCAUCAGAGAUAUAUACCAAUCGUUUUGGCUACAAAUGGGGCUUAUCAGUGCUAAUCGAUCCGCAAGAGGAAGACUACUAUGCAUCAAGGCACAAAUUGGCCGGCUAUCAAAUAUUCGCGCGCAAACCAACCGAAUUUAUUACAAUGAAUACGCAAUAUGAAAUGGCUUUCCGACGCGAAGAGAUUUAUGUUCAUGUCACACCUUUGGAAACGCUUUAUAAGUCAUAUGUGAGGCGUGAGCUUGUGGAGAAGCGGCGUUGUUAUUUGCCCGGCGAAUAUAAAUUGACCAUCUUUGCUAACUAUACGCAUACGAAUUGCUUAACCGAGUGUCGCACUAGACUAAUGUUGGAGACUUGUGGUUGUGUGCCGCCAUUAUGGCCACGUGCAGAGAAUUGGACUGUAUGCACGUUCAUUGAGGCGAAUUGUGUGACUGCCAAUUAUGAUAUAUUCACUAGAACGUUGCUAAAUGGCAGAAGAGAUUACAAAACCAAUGCCCAGGCAGAAAAGUACAUUUGCGAUUGCUAUCCGGAAUGUCGUUUCCAUUUAUACAAAAUGAACUACGAUGUAACUCGUUUGGAUAGAAAUUAUUCGGUGAAUAAUCGGAAAUUUUUCCAAGACAUCGAACUGAAGGAUCAUUUAGUUGUGCAUGUCUUCUAUGCGGAUAUGUUUGACUUUAUCAUGCGACUGGAUGUCUACAACACUUGGUUAACAUAUUUUGGCAUGAUUGGCGGCAUAACCAGCAUACAUUUGGGCUACAGUUUCAUAUCUGGAUUUGAAAUAAUAUUUUUCAUCUUCGUACGACCCAUAAGAUAUUGGCUUACAAGGAAUGAGGAAGUGAAAAAUGUUUUAAAUGAAAAUAUCAGCAAGUAAUGAAGCACGACAGCA